AUGGUUCUGUUUGAGGAUGCUCUUGAAAAAGAACUUCCAAAGCCUGCCGUACGAAUAAUACCUCCUGAACGCUAUGCCUAUGCGAAACAACUCGAUCCUGAAUCGUGUUCUGCUGAGUACAAGGCAUUCAAGUCUAUCAUGGCUAAGAAGUACCCCUUUGAACUGGAUGGGUUCCAACAGGCUGCAGUUGUUUGCAUGGAAAAAGGAGAAUCGGUCUUUGUUGCUGCUCAUACGUCCGCCGGAAAGACAGUAGUAGCUGAAUAUGCGGUGGCUCUUUGUGAGCAUCACAAGACUCGGGCCAUUUAUACCUCUCCGAUAAAGGCUUUAUCCAAUCAGAAAUUUCGAGAUUUCAAGAUGAUGUUCACAGAUGUUGGUCUCGUUACGGGUGAUAUUCAACUGUUUCCUGAUGCUUUCUGCCUUAUAAUGACCACAGAAAUUUUGAGAUCGAUGCUUUAUAACGGAUCCGAGGUGGUCCGAGAUUUGGAGUGGGUAGUGUUCGAUGAAGUUCAUUAUAUCAACAACGCUGAAAGAGGACAUGUUUGGGAAGAGGUACUCAUAAUGCUUCCUUCUCAUGUGAAAAUAGUGAUGUUGUCAGCCACGGUGCCAAACUGCAUUGAAUUCGCUGACUGGGUUGGACGUAUAAAAAACCGAAAAAUCAAUGUGGUAUCAACAUUGAAACGUCCGGUGCCCUUGGAGCAUUACCUCUAUACGGGGCAGGAUGGUAAAACGAAGAAAGAUCUGUUCAAAAUUGUUGACAUGAAUGGUAACUGGCAAGAAAUCGGAUAUAGGAAGGCGGCGGAAACUAAGGCAAACAAGCGUGAUCCACCUGCCAAUCAAGCUGGACAAGGUGGAGGGCAAGGUCGUGGAGAUGGUGCCAACAGAGGGCGUGGCGGACAAGCACGCGGCGGGCAAGCUCGCGGCGGACAUAGCGUGAGCACCGGUGGCUUCACGGGAAAACCAACUGGGAAAAACGAUAAGAAUGUCUAUAUAAGUCUGAUUGAUUUUCUGCGCACCAAUGAGCAACUGCCAAUGGUGGUUUUCGUAUUCUCACGAAAA